AUGGGGACGCGGCAUGUAGGAGGGCGGGGGGCCGCCUGCCAAUGGGGAGCUACGGCGCGCGGCCGGGACCUGGAGACGGUGCAGCGCUGCGGGUGCGGUUCAGUCGGGCGGCUGCGGAGGAGUAGGAUGUGGGCCACGCAAGGGCUGGCUGUUGCGCUGGCUCUGAGCGUGCUGCCUGCCAGCCGAGCGCUGCGGCCGGGCGACUGCGAAGUUUGUAUUUCUUAUCUGGGAAGAUUUUACCAGGACCUCAAAGACAGAGAUGUCACAUUCUCACCAGCCACUAUUGAAAAAGAACUUACAAAGUUCUGCCGUGAAGCAAGAGGCAAAGAGAAUCGGUUGUGCUACUACAUCGGAGCCACAGAUGAUGCAGCCACCAAGAUAAUCAACGAGGUAUCAAAGCCACUGGCCCACCACAUCCCUGUGGAGAAGAUCUGUGAGAAGCUCAAAAAGAAGGACAGCCAGAUCUGUGAGCUAAAGUAUGACAAGCAGAUCGACCUGAGUACAGUGGACCUGAAGAAGCUCCGAGUCAAAGAGCUGAAGAAGAUCCUGGACGACUGGGGGGAGACAUGCAAAGGCUGUGCAGAAAAGUCUGACUACAUCCGGAAGAUAAAUGAACUGAUGCCUAAAUAUGCCCCCAAGGCAGCCAGUGCUCGGACUGAUUUGUAGUCUGCCCAAUCCCUGCUGCACCUGAGGGGAAAAGACAGUUCAGCUGUCUCUUCCUAAAACAGCCUUUUUGUAAUUUAUUUUUUAAGCAGGCUCCUGACAAUAUCAGAGUGAAGCCUGGAGCUUUCCUGAUGAUGCUGGCUCUACGGUGUCUCCAUGGGGGAAUUCACUCCUUUCUGUUGCUGGUUUACUCUAGGACUUCAAAGUGUGUCUGGGAUUUUUUUUAUUAAAGGAAAAACAAUUUCUAUCUGUC